UGCCAUAAUAAUUUAGCCUCGAAAAAUGGUUGGAUUGUGAAGACUCCAGAGAAAUCGUUCGCUGUUUAUGCCGCAUCACCGAAGGAGAAAAAAGAAUGGAUGAUACAUAUAGAACGUUGUGUUGCUGAUUUAUUAGAAAAAGGUAAUAAGCGACCUGCAAAAGAACAUGCAGCUGUUUGGAUUCCGGAUGGUGAAGCGGCUCGUUGUAUGGCUUGUGGUCGCACGCAGUUUAAUCUCGUACAAAGGAGGCAUCAUUGCCGUGCCUGCGGACGCGUUAUUUGUGGAGCGUGCUCAACACAUUCCUAUCGUAUUGAUAGUUUAAACAAGAAACCAGUUCGUGUCUGUGACAUGUGCUUCACUCGUCUCACUGGUGUAACUGAGGAUAAAGCCUCCAGGCAAACAAAUGAUGUCCAAAGCAGUCGAGAGGCUCCUUCACCACCUCCGAGACCGAGUGCGAUCGAAUUGGACUAUGAUGGCGAAUCAUCUUCGGGAACGGAUGAGGAAACGGGUAGAGAUGAGCACCCUGUAAGACCUGGCUCGCCGACGUUCUAUCGUGAAGAAGUUGGCCAGUAG